AUGGCGAACGCUUGUGACUUAAGGAAUGCCUACGAUAGCAGCAUCAUGGUCACCUAUGAUGUUGCCGUUGAAGAAGCGCUGGAGGGGCCAUUCUACGACCCUAUCUAUCAAGCUGAGCUACAAAAGGACCGUGAGAUUGCACGUGCUGCCACGAAUGCACUGAAAAGGGCAGACUUAUUUACAGUCCACGGAGAUAACCUUGCAAGAUUAAUCCAGGACGGCGAAAGUUUAAGUGAAUUCGAAGUCUCCAGUACGAGAACUAUCGCCAUUCUAGGGGGCUCGGGUGAAGGCAAGAGCAGCCUCAUCAACUCCCUGUUACACUAUCCGGAGAUCGCCAAAUGCGGAGAUAUAGGCGCAGCCUGCACGUCAAUUGUUACAGAGUAUAGACUGAAGACAGCCAAUCACAGAGCACCUAUAACAAUAGAUGUUGAGUACCUCUCCGUAACAGAAAUAGAAGAGCUGCUCAAAGAACUUCUCUGGAGCUUCCGUCGGAUGUAUCUUCCAAAUGCCGAAGAUGAAAACAUCAUUCAAAGCGAAUACGAUCAAAUGGAACGUGAAUCGGCGGAGGCGUGGUCUUCCCUUGAGGCUGCAUUUAGCCACCAUGAAGAAUUUAGCAAAGACUGGCUCACAAAAGACAUGACCGAAGAAGGAUUGGCUAUGGUUACCGAUCAGGUUAUCCAAUGGUCCCAUGAGCUCGAUUGGCCCGCUGGCGCAGACAGCGGAAAGUGGACAUCGACAGCAGACACUGCAGAUGAAUGUUACGAGAAGACGGGUGUCUUCAUGGAAGACCGGUUUUGGCCAUUCACCAAAAUAAUCCGUGUUUAUAUUGAGGCACAGAUCUUAAAGUCUGGUAUUAUUCUCGCCGAUUUGCCGGGUUUGCACGAUACCAACCUUGCACGAGUGAAAGCCACUCAAGACUACCUCCUGAGAUGUGAUCAUAUCUUUGUCGUCGCAAGGAUUUCUCGGGCGAUAACAAAUCAAUCAUUAAAAUCAUCCCUCCUUUCUGUCGUGUCCAAACAUGCCGGGCAAGAAUUAGAUGGAUCCAGAGGGGAAAGCAUGAAAAUUGCGGCUGUUUGCACUAAUUCAGAGGAUAUUAAUGAGAAGUCGGCGAGACGGGAAUUUUGUGGCCCCAACAACAGAAUCUCACCAGAAGACAUGGCAGAACUCGACCAAGAUAUUGCAAAGGAAAUGGAACAAGGGAAUCGACAAUCUGUAAAGAAUUUGAGGUUGAGGCAGCGUUUGCUACUGAUCAACGCCCGGAAUAUGCACGUUAAAGAAGGCUUGCAGAAAGCUUACUCGGCUGAAAUUCCAAAAGGGGUGCUCGAAGUAUUUUGCGUUUCGAACACGUCUUAUGAGAAAUAUGCCAUGAAAGGAGAUAUAGAAAUGGUGCAGGCCAGUGGCAUACCAGAGGUUCGACAAUUCUGCUACACCAUAAUCAGUCGUGCACACCUACUUGAAGCAAACCACUUCCGCAAUUCAAGGAUGUCGAGCUUUCUAAAUUCCACCCUGCUCGUGGUAGCCAAACCUGAAUGCCAGACUAUGGAGGCUAUGAUCGAUAGAUCAAUCUAUUUCACCUUGUUUGGGGUGAAAAAUGAGGUAUUGGGGGCCGUGUCUCAAUCCAAAAUCGAUUUCAACGACGUUUUUCAAAGUUUGAUUAUUUCGCACAUAGACCAAGAAAGUCCUGCCUGGGAAAAAGCGGCGCAAGAGGAAGGUUUAUCAUGGUUCAAUUGGUAUUGGAGUACUGUUUCCACAAUGCAUAAGUAUAUCAACUGUAGACUAACGCCAGAUGUUGCAGAGGAAAACGUUGAUCCUUUACUCAUAGACGGAAUUGAAUUCAAGAUUGGAGCUAUCGAGUAUGAAUUCAGUCAGGCGGUGGAAAAACUUGUGAAGGGUGUUGAAAUUAUUUGUUCCAAAGCAUCAGAGGCCAAUCAAUCAUCUUACAUAGUCAAAAUCAUGACUCCGGCCUACCGAUCAGCAGCCCAACAAUUUGGCAAAGGCAUGGCUGCUCGUCAACGGACAAUCGUCCAGGGCCGCAUUGAGGAGGGGCUGUUCUCUAAGAUUUCAAUGGCCAUAAGCAAGGAUAUAAAAGCCGAGGUGAAAACCAGUUUUGGUGCAGUUAAAAAGGAACUGGACAACAUUUUUGUUCGCAUAGAGACCGAUAUCAGGGUGAGACUGGCGACGGAGGAGCAAUCUUGCGAGAAGGGGGACCCCACCCGCGAGGACAAGGAGAGACGGAAAGCAGAUUUGGCUUGUGAACUUCAAGACCUAAAGAGACAGCAUGAGGAAGCUCCUGGAAGCAUUGAUUUUAUUCAGCCUAGAGUCCUAGAGAUGGAGGAGGUCAAAGAGGAGGGCGUCGCGCUUUGA